UUUGAAUCAACGAUACGGCCCAUUAAGGCCCAUCUCAUUUAGUAAAGGGCCAAGGCGGUUGCUCACUCUCUACAACCCAACCUUAGCCCAUUUCCAUGUCUCGCCUGAACUACAUCGCCUCCGCCGCCUUCCGCCGCCGCCCUCAAGCCCGAAACUUUCGCUCUGAAUCCGCACUCGACGCUCUCCAAUCCUUCAUCGACGACGACGACGACAAUCCCAAUAAAACCCUUGUCCUCUAUAAUUACCCCUCAUUCUCCGGCGCAUACGCCGCCCUCUUCGCCCACCGCCGCCUCCCCUCCGCCCUCAUCCUCCCCUUCUCCUCCGUAGAACCCCUCAGGAUAGAGGAUUUUGAGUUUGGGGGCGGCUUGAAGAAUUGCUAUCUUCUCGACUUCAUUGGGCCGAAGAAUUUCGCUCUUGAGCUCUCCCAAAUCAUCCCGAGGGUGAUUGCUUUCGAUCAUCGUGAGUCUUCAGCAAUGAGAAUUAAGCAGCUCAGAAUGAUUCCAGGGAAUCUUGAGUUGCAUGUUGAUACGAGCAUUUGCAGUGUACGUGCUGUUCACGAUUAUUUCUCAAAAGGGGGUGUGGAAUUAUUUGAUGAUGAAGAUGGAUGUCAGGUUUCAAAUGUUUUGAGGUACAUUGAGGAUUUGGAUCUUCGAAGGUUUGAGCUUUGUGAUAUUGAAGCGUUUAAGAUUGGGAUCAGAGAAGAGAUGGGGAGGUUGAAUUGUGUUACUAAUCCUUCUGUAUUUGAGCAGCUUAUGAAAUUAGAUUGUGAUGAGUUGAUUGCGAAGGGAAAAUCCUAUGUGAAUUCGCGUCAAGAUGCUGCAAAUGAAUUGUUAGGGAAAACUUUCAGGAUUCGGCUUGGAAGAGGAACUUAUGGCGAGUGCUUGGCGACACGGGCUGAUGGUAAUUCAAAUCUGAGCCAUGAAAUGUGUCUGGAACUUAGUAGGAGAAGUGAAGCUGCUGGUUUAAGACCUAUAGGAGCAGCUAUAUUUAUGCAACGGAAUAAGAAUCUGAAGAUGCGCUUGAGGAGUAUUAACGGUGCAGCAGAUACUUCAGAAAUUGCCAGGGCAUAUGGAGGAGGUGGCAAGCCUAGCUCAAGCUCCUUCAUAAUUCGAAUGGACGAGUACAACCAUUGGACUGCAGCAAACUGAUUCAAUUCCAUUUAGGCAAAUUCUCACUGUUGAUGCAAGUCAGGAGGCCAUAGGCUUGCUGUUAGCCUUUGGCAAAAUGCAAAGGAAACUUAAUAGCGCAGACAUAUUAAUCCCAACAUCCACUGUGAUCCGAGUUCAGAAAGAGCUCGAGGAAACCUCGGUCUGCGAUGUAAAGAAACAAAAUUAGUUCAUGAGAUGUUAUUUUUGAUUUUAAUUUCACGCCAUAACUCGUGUGACUACUGAUGAUUGCAAUUGUUAUCAGGACAAAUAAAGAGAGAAAAUUCUCUGUAAUGUUGCUAUCGUCAACAAGAAUCUGAUUCAGGGUUAACUAAUAUGAUACAGCAUAUAAAGCUGUUAGAACUAAGGAUGGUAAA